UUCUUUCAGGCUGCUCUGUCUGAACACUUCUGCUCAGCUUCUGUGAAAACUUGGUGCGCGUGUGUGUGUGCGCUAACCCUUUGCGUGUGUCCGUUAAGCAGAGUUUCAUGUGUGUGCACAGAGCUGUGUGUUUUUCUAAGUGGAGCUGAAGUGCAGCCGUUCAUCAGUGGAGCUGACUGCAGACAAGGGAAUACUCCAAUCUCACUGCGCUGUUUUUUAACUUACACACCAGCUGCUUAUUGGACUUUUUAAAGAUUUACUGUUGGUUUUUCUUUUCUUUUGAAAAAAACAGGACUUUACUGCUGCUCUCGUUUUGGAAUCCGCCAACUGGAAUUACCCUUUAUCCUGUUUCUGGAAUUGUUCAACAUCUAUUUUUUGGUUUUUAAAAAUUAUAAUUAAAAUACAAAUCUCUACUUUUCAGAUUCUUAGAACAAGUAUUUUGACUCUGAUUCGAUCAUGGGACAUUAAUGAGUGUGUCCAGUAAUGCAUUUUCCUAAAAGUGUAGGCUCAUCUGCAUGUUUGUUUUUAAUAAUUGUUAUUGGAAACUGUGAGAUAUUACUAAAGUAAUAGGAUAACAGGACCAGAGUAGAUCUGCCCCAAUGGAAACUUUAGGAGCCAGCAGUGUGUUGGGCUCAGGUGGAUGCUAAACAUAAUCAGUGAUACUUCAAACUCUUGAAUUUUGUUUUUGGGUUCCCUUGGAAACAGACAAGGAGGUGCCCUUGGGUGGUGUUGUCCCGUCUUGGAUGUGAGAGGGUAACUACGUCAUCUUUCCAAGGAACAGCAGCGGAUAGAAAACUUUUCCAAGGAAAAAGAGAAUAGGAGGAUCUGAAAAGGAGAGCAGAAGGAGACAUUAAUUUGAUGUGCCAGCACUUUUCAGUACCACUUGGAAGACAAAUAGCCUGUUUGCAUCACAGAAAAGACCAAGAUUUUGUCUAACUCCAAACCCUGACCAAAACAGAGCUGAAGAAAUACAUUAACAGCCACCAACUUGUCUUAAUCGCAACUUUGAAAAUUUGGAAUUUAUUCUUAAACGUGCCAAUAUGAUGACCAUGAUGAUGAUGAUGGCCAUGAUGGUCACCUGCAGCUCUCUGUUGCUGCUGGGGCUGGCUGCCGCCCACGCCUCCGCCAGCACAGUGACCCGCACCUCAUCCUCCUCUUCGUCCUCCACCUCAUCCUCCUCUUCACCACGAAUGAAGCUUUCUUACAAAGAACUGCAGCAGUUUCAUGGAGUGCGACGCUUUGAGCUGGAGCGUUCCUGUUGCUACAGCGCUCUGCUGCUGGAUGAAGAGAGGGGUCGACUCUUCGUGGGGGCAAAGAACUUCCUGCUGUCCCUUUCUCUGGACAACAUUGCUAAACAAGAACACAAGAUCUACUGGCCUGCUCCAGUGGACUGGAGAGAAGAGUGUAACUGGGCUGGCAAGGAUAUCACUUCCGACUGUGUGAACUAUGUGAAGAUUGUGCACCAUUACAACCGAACCCAUCUGUACGCCUGUGGAACAGGGGCUUUCCAUCCAACCUGUGCCUAUGUGGAGGUGGGAAAUAAGAUGGAGGACCACGUGUUCAGGAUCGAUCCAUCUAAGGUGGAGGAUGGGAAAGGAAAGAGCCCCUAUGAUCCUCGACACAACGCUGCAUCUGUACUUAUUGGUGAUGAGCUCUAUGCAGGUGUGGCCACAGACCUGAUGGGGCGAGACUUCACCAUCUUCAGGAGUCUGGGGAAACGUCCCUCCAUUCGCACUGAACAGCACGACUCACGCUGGCUUAAUGAACCAAAGUUUGUUGGGUCGUUUUGGGUCCCUGAGAGUGAAAAUCCUGACGAUGACAAGGUCUUUUUCUUCUUCCGUGAGACUGCAGUUGAAGCUCAGGGUUUAGGAAAGUCCACCUACUCAAGAAUUGGACAGCUCUGCAGGAAUGAUCUGGGCGGGCAGCGAAGUCUGGUGAACAAGUGGACAACAUUCCUCAAGACUCGUCUCAUUUGCUCAGUUCCUGGAGCUGAUGGCAGUGACACAUACUUCGACGAGCUACGCGACGUGUUCCUGCUGCAGACCAGAGACAGGAAGCACCCUCUGGUCUACGCGGUCUUCUCCACUUCCAGCAGUGUAUUCAAAGGCUCAGCCGUGUGUCUUUACUCAAUGAAUGACAUCCGAAGGGCCUUCCUGGGGCCCUUUGCUCACAAAGAGGGACCUAACUACCAGUGGGUCCCUUUCCAGGGAAAGGUCCCAUAUCCCCGCCCAGGAAUGUGUCCAAGCAAGACGUUUGGCAGCUUUGAGUCCACAAAGGGUUUCCCAGAUGAUGUGAUCCAGUUUGCACGACACCACCCUCUGAUGUACAACCCAGUGUAUCCCAUGAGCCGACGGCCUGUUUUUGUCAGAACUAAUGUGGACUACAGCUUCACGCAGAUCGCUGUGGACAGAGUCAAUGCUGCUGACGGACAGUAUGAUGUCAUGUUUAUUGGGACAGACAAAGGGACAGUGCUGAAGGUGAUCAAUGUUCCCAAGGAAAGUUGGAACAACAUGGAAGAGCUUCUUCUGGAGGAGUUGGAAGUCUUCAAAGAUCCCUCAUCCAUCAUCAACAUGCAGAUCUCCUCUAAACGGCAACAGCUAUAUGUGGGCUCAGACACUGGCCUUGCCCAGGUUCCUCUGCACCGCUGCAGUGUGUACGGAAAGGCCUGUGCUGAAUGCUGCCUGGCCCGAGACCCCUACUGCGCCUGGGAUGGAACGUCCUGCACUCGCUACCUGCCAAACACAAAGAGGCGCUUCCGUCGGCAGGAUGUGAGGAAUGGAGACCCAAACACCCUUUGCUCUGGAGACCACCAUAAGCAUCGCGUUGCAGAGAGGAAGCUUUACGGAGUUGAGGGAAGCAGCACAUUCUUGGAGUGUAUCCCCAAAUCCCUUCAAGCCAAAGUAACGUGGACAUUCCAGAAACACCCUCAGAAUCCACGAGCAGAGGUACGUGUAGAUGAACGUAUCCUGCAAACAGACAGGGGUCUUUUGAUUCGUCGGGUCCUGAAGAGAGAUAUUGGUGUCUAUGAGUGUCACGCAAUGGAGCACGGCUUCACCCAAACUUUGCUAAGCAUCACCUUGGAAGUUAUACCUUCAACAUCCUCUCACAUCCCCAACUUGCCCUCCGACGCGCCUGUCCGAUUAGAUCCUCGCAGUGGAGGCGGCUCUUCAAUGACCAAUCAAAAGCUUUGGUACCGGGACUUCAUGCAGCUGGUGGACCACCCUAACCUUAACACUGUUGACCAGAUUUGUGAACAAGUUUGGGCCCGCAAGAAUGCCGGUGAAGCCCAGGGGGUCAAGAGUUUCCCUGCUCCAGGAAAGGACACCCUGCCUGUAGGUGGUGCUGCUCGCCCACCCAACAAGAAGUGGAAGCAUCUGCAGGAAAUCCGAAAGGGGAGAAACCGCAGGACCCACGACGGAAAACCAAACCCUCGGGCACCUCGCAGUGCAGGGGAGUGACCCACAGAGAGAGAAAAGGAAGGAGGAAAGUGGGACUGAUGGAAAAAAAGAAAAAGAGACUGUGAACUGAUGGAGGAGUUUACACAUGCAGAUACACACAGAUGUACACAGCACCCUUCUUUUGUGUAUAUUUAUCUAUGGAUGGUCCCACUAAAUGGUACACCUUUCCUAACCCCUCAUCCCUGAGACCAGCUCCUGCAUGUGCUGCCUUAUAGCUCAAGUUGAUUCUGCACGAUCCCUUUACUUAGUUUUUGUAGUAUGGUAAAGUACUGGCAGACACCUGGGAGAAAAUCCACCUUUAAAUUUGGGAAACCUUUCCUCCUCUUAUUUAUUCUCUUUUCUGAUGCUUGAAGAUGUGUUCACACAGCAUAUCCCAGACUUGACCUCCUGUGCUCACUGUGCACAAGCCUACUCUCUGGACAACACCACUGUAACUCCACCCCAGAACUGGGGAUGAACUUCAUUACAGGUUGCAAUUUAGGAGAAGAUUUCACACCAGCGUUGCAUGCUCAGAUGGAGAAAACACAGAGCAAUGUGGAAAAACCCAUGAAAGGCUAAAAAGUGGAGAGAAACAAUGACUAUUUAAGUUGAAUUGCACAAGCAUGUAGACAAAAAAAACAAAAACAGAUUGACGUCUUUUUUUCCGGAACCUUUUUAAAUGAAUUGAUCGUCUUCCUGUGGUCUUCUUGGUGCACAUGUUUCCAGCCCACAAGUCACGUGUGCUACAUAAUGCAAUCGAACAGAGACACCAGCACCUGUAGAACACAUCAGCAUCUUAGAAAACUAGUCUUUUCCUUUUUUUGUCCUUUUCAUUUGACAGUUUCACAUUGAAGCUGUUCCAUCUAACAACAGUAAAUCGCAGGUUGUCAAAGAGCAGAUGGACUGGAGUGGAUAGAUUCUGGUCAAACAACUCAUUAGUGAACAGGUGAAAAACUCCCAUUCCAUAAAGUGAUAUAAGACAUCAACCGCACACAGUCUCAGAUAACAUAAAAUCUUUAAUUGAUGCAAAACUAACCCCUUAAUUUAAAUAAAGAAACUCUCUAAAGCUGAUUUUUUUUCCCCCCUCAAAACUUUAUGCAUCCACAAUUCUUCAACAAACAAAGGGGCGUGAAAUGAAUUUGAUAGCAGGAUGAGGGGGAACAGAAAGGAUUUUAGCGGACUCCAUUUGACAACCCAUGUUUCUGGGCGACAGUACAGUAUAUAUAUUAGCAUGAUAUUUAUGAGUGAGACUGAUUUUUAUAUAAAUAUAUUUUUAGUGGUACUUCUUUUCUUUUACACUGUUCUUACAUAAGUUGUUUCUGGUAAAAAAAAAAAAAAAAAAGAAAGAAAAAAAAGAUAUGCAAGUAAAAUGAAGUGUGUGCAGUCCCGAUCCUUAGUUUGGUACGGUGAAAUGCACAGAACACGGCUUUUCUCUGCUGCUUGAAAACAUUUCCACUGUUUGCUAAAACAUGAAAAAAAACAGAAAUAAAAAAAAUAGACACUGUUGAGGAUUUCAUCUCUACAUAAUGAAACGUUUAGAGUCUUCCUUCUCCAUGUCUUUUCUCUGUGUGUAUUUUCUGUACAGUAACUUUAUUUGCUGAUUUUGCUAACAUGUUGUGUGUAGGCUGCCCUCUAGUGUCUGUUGUUUGGAUGAAAAGGCCACCUGUGGUACAAAAAACCCUAAAUGUUUGGUCUGUAUCUCUCCAUGAAAGAACGCCGGUAGCUUAAAUUAUGCAUUUAUGCUUUGCAGCCAUGACAUUUAAAUAUGGUUUAUAUGUAGAAAAUAUGGUCCGAUUGUGCUGCUGUUCUAUCAUUUUAAUAAAACUGGAAAAAGUUGUAUUUAGCAGAAGUUCAAUAAUUCAUCCACGACCUGUGUAGACAGAAAGCAGCACCGACUGCAUCCAUGUGUGGACUCAUUCUUGUAGUUUGUUGUAUUUUAUGUCUGGGAUGUUUAACUCUUUAAACGGAGGUGACUAUUAAAAGGAAUUCUGACACCACACCCAGACGGUCAGGAUUUACCCGUGGAGUUGGAGACAAACUAUGAUCAUUACAUGUGUCUGCAUUUACAUCACAAAAAACAUUCCACUCGUAGACUGUGGUUACAAACUGCUUAGUUUUUUAACUACAGCUUGUUCUGGUGGCAUCAAACUUGCCUGGUUGUCCUCUUGUUUUUUUUAAGCCAACUGUUUCUUAGCGCUUGAAAUUGCAUGUCUAAUGUUAGUGGCUAAUGCGUUUGACAAUGACAAGAAAGAAAGAGGGAAACACAGCACACUGCUGAUAAAUAUUACUGUUAAUAUUAUUAUUCUGUAGUAUUUAUGUGCAAAAAUAAGCUGCCUUGUCGUGAUUUUGUUUUUAUUUUCUUACAAAUGUAGAUUUUCAUCUGUUUUUUCAUUGUCUGAUGACUCAUCUUCAACAGUUUUUGUGCUGACAGGGAGGCAUUUCCAGAAGAAAGUGUCCAGCAAAAAGUCUGAUGUUCAAACAUCGGAGACACAUUUCCCAUCCCACAUGAUUGAUUUAAAUCCUAGGCUUGUGUGUGUGUGCUCUUGCAUUGGAGUAAUGUAUGUGCGUGCUUUGAGUGUGUUUGAGUGUAAACAGUUGGAAAAGGAGCAGACUGUUGUAAAUACUGGCAGGUGAACAGAGGGUUUAGAGACGUCUGUAGUUGAACAUUCAUAUAGGGAAGGCCAAAGUUACCUUGGUGCACUGUAAUACUCCCAGGUCUUUGUGAAAUGUCAUGUCAAAUUGUUUUUGAUUAACACAAUAAAAAUAUGCAGUUACUUCAA